CUCCACUAAUGUCAUCUAGCAACAAAGGAGAUACUUUGAUGUUACAAUGUAAAAAUAACAAAACAGUGUCCUUCAAUAGCAUAUACAUUACAUUAGCCAAUAAAAACACUCCAGUAUGAGUUUAAAUUUCUCGUUUUAUUAUGAUAUUAAGUACGCACACACACACACACAGCACGGAAAAAAAUUUUUUUGUUCAUUACUCAAUGCAUGAAGAAGAGGAAGAGAUUAUUGAUAUUGGCGAAGAUGAAAAGCAAGAGUUAAUAGAGUAAGUAUCUCAAACAAUAAUAUAAAGACAUAAAAAUAGAGCAAGAGAGAGACAUGCGCGUGUUUAUGAACUGAUGACUUAUGUAAUAAUAGUAGUGGCAAUAGUAACGGUAGUAGUCAACCAACCAUGAUGAUAGAAGAUCAAGAUAUGGAUAAAGAUUCACGCCAAUUGAUCGAACAAAUGCUUGCUGAGGAAGAAUACUAUUUCUUUAAUAAGACAACAAAAAAUUACGAUUCAGACUAUCCUAAAAAGACAAAAGAUAUAUCAUCUGCUGCACUACCCUCUCACAAAACUAGAUGGAAUAAGGAAGAAGAUGAUAGAUUGAAAGAGGCAUUAGAUAUAUUUGGAUAUGGCAAUUGGAAGCCAAUCGCAGAACAUGUAGGAACAAGAAACCGUUUACAAUGUAAAAAUCAUGCAAGACAUUUACUCUUGGUAGACAAGAUUAAGACGCCAAGUAAACAAAAAAGGGAAGAAUCUAAAGAAAUCUCUAAACAAACAAACACAGAAUCAGAGACCGAGAUGAUUACUGCUGAUGAUGCUGAUAAUACAUCAGAUACAACCUUGCCUGUGAAUUCUACAAACACAGUUGGUACAACCACAGCAGACGUAACCAUGGAUACUGCCACAGUGAACGAAGAUGGUGAUGAUGAUCUCGACAUUGGAGACCUUGUUCAAGAUAAUAACGACAAACAACUCGAUGAUAUUACACUCAUGCAGAAUGAUGACAUGAAGGGGGAGGAGGAGGAGGAAGAGGUUACAGCUGAGCAAGAUGGAAAAGAGAUCAAGCUUGAUACGUUAGAGAGGGAAAUAGAUAUACCCGAUAAUGAUACCCAUGUGAGCAUUUCCCAUUUUGACAGACAUUUCGUAUCUGAAGAAGAGAAGAAACAGAACCCAGAGUGGUUUCAAAAUAAGCAUGCCAAGACACCCGACCGUUAUUUACGUAUUCGUAAUCAUAUGCUCGAUUGUUGGAACCAGUGCAAGCCAAGGUACUUGACCAAGACCUCUGCUCGAAAAGGACUCAAGGACUGCGGUGAUGUCAAUGCUAUCGGUCGAGUUCAUUCUUAUUUAGAAAGCGUGGGUGCAAUAAACGUGGACUGUAUCACAAAUGCACCUAGACCUCCUAGGCGUGUGCCACGUGAAGUCAUUGUCGAAGAGGAUACAUUAGAUGCUGCUGAUCUUGUUAUAAAUUAUGAUGGACCAAGAAAAAGAAAAGUAAGAAAUGAGCGUGGAGAAUGGGUGGAUCCGAGAGAAUUGGAAGGACGAGUGAUUGAACAUGGCGUUCAAGUAGAGACAGACAGUAAUGGCACAAAGUCAAAAAGAGUAAAAAGAUCGUUUCAUCAGCAUUAUUAUGGCGGUGAUGAUUUUAAUAGAGGUUAUGAUCCCUUUAGACUUGUACCUACAUCCCAUUAUAAUGAAUUGUUUCCAGCGCCCUUUGAAGUAGAGAUUGUUAGUGAGGCCCUGCUCGUCAUGGAUUUUCAUGCUCAUCUGGCUCAUACGGAAAUCAUUGGCUUAUUAGGUGGUAACUUUAUUAAAAAGGAAAAUACCAAGAUAUUACAGGUCAAGAGCGUCUUCCCUUGCAAGAGUACAAGCACAGGCAUACAAUGUGAAAUGGAUCCUGAAUCUGAAAUGAAAGCACGUGAAGUGUUUGCAGAACAAGGAUAUAACGUCGUCGGCUGGUAUCAUUCACAUCCUACUUUCGAACCUCAUCCGAGUAUAAGAGAUAUAGAGAAUCAAACGUCUUAUCAGACGCUGUUUAGAGAAGCAGGUGAUGAACCAUUUAUUGGUGUCAUCGUCACACCUUAUAACGCAGAGAUACAAAGCGAUCACUCUCAGUUUCAAUACUUGCACAUCAGUACACAGUGGAAUGAAACUCACUCUUACAGUAAGUCGUGUCUGUUGUGCAAUAAUCAUUUUGACAUCUGUUGUAGGGGUACCUUAUGCUUGUCGUAGACGAGUAGAGCAGUGUGAACAAGUAUCGCCUUCCAUUCUUGAUCAAUUUGAGGAGCUCAUUCAAGAGUACAAAGAUUAUGAACAUAAAAUGGACAUGGCAUCAUCGUUUGGGGACUCGACAAGAUUGGAGAAACUGCUGUAUUCGCUAAGGGCUCAUUUAUUUAUUCAUGAAGAACAAGAAACAGCAUUUCUUGAUCAAGUCAAAGACAUGAUUGAAAAGAACUUUAUGGACACAACUACAUCUAAUACAACAAUAACAACAACAACAAC